UUCUGUCCUGUAAAGACAGUCAGAAAACUGCUGCAGGGAUUAAAUCUAAAGGCAAGAGCAGAACUGGACUCUGCAGGUUAGACAAAAAAUGUUGCUGGUGUCUCCUGGAGGUUUGUUAUUCCUUCUUAAAGCUCUGCAUUCUCAGAAACAAGCUGCACAAACAUGAGAUCAGAAAUUAUGCUUGAAUUAGCUAAUAAAUGAUGUUUCCUGACAGCAGCAGCAGCAGCACCACCACCAUGUAAUCAUAUGCAUUAUACAAAGUAUCAGACUGUAUUUAGUACUAAAUAGUGCUUCUCCUUGGUCUCUUGUAAAUCAGAGCUGUCUCGAUGUUAAAAGACAAACAGGGAUUCAGAUUGCAGAUUCAGAUAAUUUGCUCCACCUACUCAAAAGCCAGCUAUUUCAGGAGCGAAUUUUAGUGACUUACGAGCCCAUCUCAUAUUUCCAAAAGGCAUUUCUUUACUCGUUUCCAGUGUUCAUCCUACCACUUUGUCUUCUUUAGGUAACACAUAAAUCUAUUAAAAAGAGCGUCAUCUAUAACCUCCAAGGCCCCUUAGUGACAAGCCCCAUUGUGGAAGGCAGGCACUUUGCCAGGAAACAGUGACUCCCAGAGAGAGUGUGCAAGGUUAGAGGGAAAGUACACUAUUGCCAGAGAAACUGUAUUCCAAGUGGAUUUGUGUGGAACAACAACAAUAUCCAGUGACUGGUUAAAUUAGCCACAGAUGUGUUUUCUAGAACACUGUCCAAGAAGAUAUACAGUGCUUUAAGGCUCGGUUUAGGCGUAAUGAUCUUCUGAAGUCAAAUCAGAUCCAAGCAAAAUUGCAUGGGUACCAGGGAAGCUUUAAAGGAAUUCUGUAAUAUGAUUCAGACAAGUAGAUGAAUCAGACUGCUGCGAGCUGAGCAAGGAGCACAUCGGUGAGAGAUGAGGGUCUUUGUAAACAGAAGCUUAGCCAUGGAAAAGAUAAAGUGCUUUGGUUUUGAUAUGGACUAUACACUUGCUGUGUAUAAAUCCCCUGAAUACGAAUCUCUUGGAUUUGACCUGACCGUAGAAAGAUUAGUUUCCAUUGGAUACCCUCAUGAGCUGCUCAAUUUUGUGUAUGAUCCUGCAUUCCCUACCAGAGGCCUGGUGUUUGACACCCACUAUGGAAACCUGCUGAAAGUUGAUGCCUAUGGGAAUCUCCUAGUAUGUGCACAUGGCUUUAAUUUCCUCAGAGGGCCUGAAACACGGGAACAAUAUCCAAAUAAAUUUAUCCAGAGGGAUGACACAGAUAGGUUUUACAUUUUGAACACGUUAUUCAAUCUACCAGAGACCUAUCUGUUGGCUUGCCUGGUGGAUUUCUUUACUAACUGUGACCGGUACACGAGCUGUGAAACAGGGUUUAAGGAUGGAGACCUCUUCAUGUCCUUCAGGAGUAUGUUCCAGGAUGUCAGAGAUGCUGUUGACUGGGUUCAUUACAAGGGAUCGCUUAAGGAAAAGACCCUUGAGAAUCUGGAGAAGUACGUGGUGAAAGAUGGGAAGCUGCCACUGCUGCUCAGCCGCAUGAAUGAAGUGGGGAAGGUGUUUCUGGUCACAAACAGCGACUAUAAAUACACAGAUAAAAUUAUGACUUACUUGUUUGACUUUCCACACGGACCAAAGCCUGGGAGUGCCCAUCGGCCAUGGCAGUCCUACUUCGACCUGAUCCUGGUGGAUGCACGAAAACCCCUCUUCUUUGGGGAAGGCACUGUAUUGCGGCAGGUGGACACGGUGACCGGGAAGCUGAAGAUUGGUACUUACACUGGCCCGCUGCAGCACGGCAUUGUGUACUCGGGAGGCUCUUCGGACACAGUCUGUGACCUGCUGGGGGCCAAAGGGAAGGAUAUCUUGUACAUCGGAGACCAUAUCUUUGGAGACAUCCUCAAAUCCAAGAAACGCCAGGGCUGGCGGACCUUCCUGGUGAUCCCCGAGCUGGCGCAGGAGCUGCACGUCUGGACAGACAAAAGCGCCCUUUUUGAAGAGCUGCAGAGUCUGGACAUUUUCUUGGCCGAGCUGUACAAGCAUCUGGACAGUAGCAGCAAUGAACGCCCCGACAUCAGCUCCAUCCAGAGACGCAUUAAGAAAGUGACCCACGACAUGGAUAUGUGCUAUGGGAUGAUGGGGAGCCUCUUCCGCAGCGGCUCUCGGCAGACACUGUUUGCCAGCCAGGUGAUGCGCUACGCCGACCUCUAUGCAGCCUCCUUCAUCAACCUCCUCUACUACCCCUUCAGCUACCUCUUCAGAGCCGCCCACGUUCUGAUGCCACACGAGUCCACAGUAGAGCACACGCACGUCGACAUCAAUGAGAAAGAGUCGCCGAUGGCCACGCGCAAUCGCACCUCGGUGGAUUUCAAAGAUUCCGACUACAAGCGGCACCAACUGACCCGUUCCAUCAGUGAGAUCAAACCGCCCAACCUCUUCCCCCAGGCACCUCAGGAAAUCACACAUUGCCACGAUGAAGACGAUGAUGAGGAAGAGGAAGAGGAGGAAGAGGAGGAAGAGGAAUAAGAAGGAAGAAACCAAGUAUUUCUGAAGAUAAACCAUGACUCUAGCAGUGAUCAGGAAUGGAUUCUGUUGUUGGGGCCCUUGGGGUGAUGGGUUGGGGGGUGUGAUUCUUGCAAAGGCACAUUUUGAAAGUAUUUGGAAACUUCUAACAAAUUAACACUAAUUAGGAGGAGACCCUUGUUUUUAGUUUUGCAGACGGUUCAAAAAGCUGAUGGAUUCUAACUGGGUGGUGCAUUCAGAUUGGACUGCCCGCCUGUGCUGUCAUGCUACUCCCAUUACAUUUUGGGAUGCUGCAUGUUUCUCCCUUUCCCAUGAUGUGUUUCAUUUGGUUUUCAUUUGAACAGAGUCCUUUGAACGGUUUUUGGCAUUUGUUACAUUCUCUGUGGAGACAGAAGGGAUGCGCUGGGCCCUGCAGGAGACAAAAUUAUCCAAAUCCUGCUGCCCGUUAAGUUGCUGCCCUUAACCCUCUGCUCCUGGGUUACAUGAUUCCCCAUCCCCAUGUUAGCCGGGGUGUUGUUGUGCCUUCUAGCACUCAGUUUACCUUCUGUUGGUGUGAGUUUCUCUGUGUAAGUGGUUUGACUCCUCCAGCCAUCAUGGAUGGCAGUGAGAUUCCAGCUCUUGCACAUCUGCUGCCAUAUGCAUUUCACCUUGUAGCCGCUUGUUACCCUUUCCCAGUGUCUCCAAGCUCUCUCACCAUUGGCAUGUGAUGCAUAAUUUCCAGGGCAUUUCUCGAACAGCUGAGCUGCACACUCUGUUCUCCUCCAGUUUCAGCAGUAAAUAUUAACCCAGGAGCUUGAAGCUGCUGCUUUAGCAUUACAUUAGUCACUCUGUGAUCCUCCUGACCUUUCUGUCCUCUCAACUUUAAGUGAAGCAUCCCAAAAUCAACCCCAGCCACCAUUUGGAGUGAAAGGGUCUGUUGUGCCAGGGGCUGCGGGCCACAUGGGCCUGCCCUAGACUAGGAGACAGCGCGUGCCACAGGGCCAGCCCCAGGGUGGGAGCCGGGGAGCUCCGGCCGUCCAGCAGCUGCCCCGGUCCUUGGUCUGGUGCGGAGCAAGCGGAGCCUCAUUGCCGGUGGGCAAGGCUGCGUCCCUGGCCAAGGAGGGCGACGGCUGCUGUGUGGGGACCGGGGGUGUCCCAGGGAUGGGCAGUUAGUCCUUGUGCCUGAAAGCCAGCCCAGGGAAGGCACGGGGCUGGCACACAGCUAGGCAGCAGCGCCCCGUGGUUUUCCUCCGAGUCAUGGGUGCAGCCUCCCUUACUCCAGCCUCUGCCGUUCGCUGCAAAGGGAUUACAACGAGGGCCCUCUUGUAAUGAAUUUGACUGUUGUUUCAGUACCAUAAACUCAUUUAAUUUUUUUCAUUUUAAAGUACCUUAGUAGAAAAUAAAAGAAGAGAAACCACAACACCAACAUCUGAGCAGGAAAAUGCUGCUCUAGUGGCAGUUGUUCAAUAAAUGAUGAUGUUUCUAAGAAA